CAUCCAUUGCAAAGGAUCUCUGCGCCUCAACAGACACACAGCAGCAUCUUGCGUGAGUUUGGCAGUAGUUCGUGUUCCUGAAUUUUCAGACAGCAUUACACAUCUACUUAUCUUUCGAAUCCAAAAUAGAACUUGUUUGGCUUGCAGGAUGUUUUCAGCAGGUGGAUCAUUUCGAGGUUCUAGAGGAACCAGUUUUGCCCAAAUAUUAAUGAAGAGUCUGCCACCAACAUCUGAAUCAAGAGAGUCAAAUAAGAAGCAAUGCUCCUUCAAUGUUGAUCAGGAACAUGACUCUGUCAGACAAGGAACUAAGUCGUUCAGACCAGGUCAUUUUGAGAAGCCAAAAUCCUCUCCCAAAGAACUGGUUGAAAAAUACAAGAAGGGUGAAACAAAUGCUGUGUCUUUGCUUCAUCAGCUGGCCCAAGUUUUACAGUUUCAUCUAGAAAUCAAGGAAACAGUUACUACAGGGAACUUACCAGGGUUUUAUUUUGCUUUUGCUGUUGAGAUCGAUGGUGUUCAGCACAAGACUGGCAUGGGAAUGACUAAAAAGGAAGCUCGUCUAAAUGCAGCAGAGGCUGCUUUGGAGGACUUUUUGCCUAGCUUAGGCUGUCUUAAAUCUGAUCUCCCUCAAACAUCAGAUGUUCCUCCACCCUUACCAGUGAAGGAAGAUGCAUCCAUCUCUGACAGAAAUCCUUCUAGAGCCUUUUAUGAAAGGAAGAGUUCUGUCAACCUCCAGAUUCCACAUGCUGUGAAGGAUCAGCUCUCUAAACUCCUGAACAACCAUCCAGAGUUCUCUAGCUGUGGGGAAACAACAGCUGCAUUCAUUGUCAAAACUUCUAGUGGAUGCGAGGUUGUUGCUCUUGGGACUGGAAACUUCAACACCAAAGUGUCAUCAAAUGGACGGGUUGUGCACGAUUCUCAUGCUGUUGUUACAGCACGGAGGUCUCUCAUGAGGUAUCUGUACCGGCACCUGCUGAUGUAUUUCAGCAAAAAUGCCAAUCUGACUGCAAAGUCCAUCUUCACUCAUAACAUCAACAGCAAACUCCUUAGCCUGAAGAGCGGGAUUACCCUGCAUCUGUAUGUAAACCAACUACCAAAGGGUGCAGCACAGAUUCCAACCAAGCUGCGCCUGAACCCUUUUUCCAUUACAACAUGGCAAGUCAACAGUGAGAUCAGUCUACAUCUGUCAGUUGAGGGCAAGGUGUUUUCAGUUUUCUCCUCAACCCUCGAUAACUCUGCUAGUGAGAUGGUCAGCAUGUCGACCACUGAUAAGAUCACUCAAUGGCAGGUGCUUGGAUACCAAGGAGCCUUACUGAGCCACUUCAUUGAGCCUGUCUAUGUCCAAAGCAUUCUUGUAGGUGAUUCUGGCUGUACUGAAAUCCGAGGGAUGGAGAUGUCUGUGAACCAGCGCGUGGAGGGAAUCACCUCCCUGCUGCCCAUGUUCUACUGCAUGAUGCGACCCCAUAUUAGCUUGGUGCCUUCUGUGGUCACCUCUGACACCGGCAAUCAGCUCACCUGUGGUAUCAACUGGUGUGAAGGAGACGGCUCUGUGGAAGUUGUGGAUGGUCUAGAGGGCAAGACCAUUGAAGAGUCUCCAUUUAAGAGUGGACCUGCUUUGGCAAGCCGCCUGUGCAAAGCAGCAAUGCUGCACCGCUUCAGGUUGGUGGCCAAAGAGGCCCAGAGACAGGACCUAGUCACCACAAACUGCUACAGAGAAUUAAAGAUGAUGGCUAAGCCGUACCAGGAGGCCAAAAGUGUGCUGCGGGCAUACUUGUCUCAGCAGGGUUUUGGUUCAUGGCUGGAAAAGCUUCCUGACAGUGACAGCUUUAAUGAUUAAAAGCAAUUUUCAACUGAAAUGGUUAUUUUUUUGGGGGGUGGGAGAAUUAAGGCAUGGUUUUGUUUGCCGCAGUCUUGAUGGGUUUUAGAAGUUAGAUGGUGGUUCCUCAGAGGUCUUCAUUGUUCUUCUUCUUCAGCAGAUUUGUGAAGAUUAGAAAGUUGAAACAGAAACAAUUAUUGUUUUUUUCGUAGUUUGCAACUGACUCUUUAGUUGGCCAAUCAUUUUACUUUUCUUUUUUGUGUAUGGCAUGAUCAUUGAGUGAAAACUGCAUUCUUUCCUGAUGUUGUUUUAUCUUAUUUGUGAUAUAAUGUUCUGUUAAAUCUAGGUUGUAAUGUUGUAGUUUUGGGACUGCUGUAACAAAGUUCUGUUCGGUCUGUUGAAUUUUUAUCUCUCUUUUCUUCUUUAUAUUAAGGGAUUUUUUUUCUAUAUACAAAGAUGGAGCAAUAAAACAAAAUGCAUGUAACAAAAAAA